CACCGGAGGCAGUUGAAGAAGAUCACGGUGCCCGAAUAACGGAGUCUCUAUCCAGGAUAACGAGAAGUGAAACCGAAAGUGAUGUUAAACAGGAGGUCUUAUCCGUCGGUGAGGUCAAAAAGAGGCCAAAACGUGGCCCUACGACCUUUGCCUGCACACCCAGUGUCCUAUUAUGGGCCAAUAUAUUGACCAUUUUCGGCUUCGGGGGCCAGUCAAGUGUGUUUGAGUUUACCUGCGAGGUGCCUCCUUAAAGUAAAAACUCAGAAAUGUCCCAUUUCAAGAAAGUAAGAGCGGUAAGAUUCGUUCAUUAGAAAAAAUAAAUUAAACAAAUCAGAAUAUUUUUUCGGCAAUUAUGUUAUGGUAACAAGAUAAACAAACAAAAUAUAAUUCUAAAGGAAGUGAAAUCUAUCAAAAUGUGUUAAACAGUAGAAUAUCUAAAAGAUGCAAAUAUGAUGCCUUUACUCGAAACCUAUAACAUAAGAAAUUAAGGGACAUGGGGAAUAAU